CACGGGCACCACGGCGUCGGGGCGCGGAGUCUACGGGUCAGUGGUUCCUUGGCGCUCCGGCUCCGCUCAGGGCUACUGGGAACUGCCAUACUGUUUUCUACAGUGACUACACCAUUGUACAUUUCCAUCAGCAGUGCACUAGGAUUCCAAUUUCCCCAGGUAGGAGAAUCCAUAAGAAGUAUCUACAAUGGUUUCUUCAGCUUUCAGGAGAGUUGCCCAUGUGUGUGUCUACCCGGUGAGGAAGGCCAGUAGUGUCUCCAGAGGCCAUCAGCAUCCAGCCUUGGGUUCACGGCCUGCUGCUUCAGGGUUUGCUGCCCGAGGAGCUCCAGGUGGUGUGUUGGAGCUGCUGGGUCAAUCCUACCCUCAGGAUGACUAUAGCAAUCUCUCCCGGAAAGUACUCUCCUGUGUUGGCAGGAAUCUGCACAACCAGCAGUAUCACCCACUUUGGCUGAUCAAGGAGAGGGUGAAGGAGCACUUCUACAAGCAAUACGUGGGCCGCUUUGGGACUCCCCUGUUUUCAGUCUUUGACAACUUUUCUCCGGUGGUCACGACUUGGCAGAACUUUGAUAGCCUGCUCAUCCCAACUGACCACCCAAGCCGGAAGAAAGGAGACAACUAUUACCUGAAUCAGAUUCACAUGCUCCGAGCACAUACAUCUGCACACCAGUGGGACCUGCUGCACGCUGGGCUGGAUGCCUUCCUGGUGGUGGGUGAUGUUUACCGACGGGACCAGAUCGACUCCCAGCACUACCCGGUUUUCCACCAGCUGGAGGGCGUUCGGCUCUUCUCUAAGCACGAGUUAUUUGCCGGUGUAAAGGAUGGAGAAAGCCUGCAGCUCUUUGAGCAAAGUUCUCGUUCUGCCCAUAAACAAGAAACACACACCAUGGAGGCUGUGAAGCUGCUCGAGUUUGACCUUAAGCAGACACUUACCAGGCUUGUGACACAUCUGUUUGGAGAUGAUCUGGACAUUAGAUGGGUAGACUGCUACUUCCCAUUCACUCACCCUUCCUUCGAGAUGGAGAUCAACUUCCAUGGAGAAUGGCUAGAAGUCCUUGGCUGUGGAGUGAUGGAGCAACAAUUAGUAAAUUCAGCUGGUGCUCAAGAUCGAAUUGGCUGGGCCUUUGGCCUGGGGUUGGAAAGACUGGCCAUGAUCCUCUACGACAUCCCUGACAUUCGCCUCUUCUGGAGCGAGGACGAGCGCUUUCUGAAGCAGUUCCGCGUGUCUGACAUCAGCCAGAAGGUGACAUUUCAGCCUCUUAGCAAAUACCCUGCAGUGAUAAAUGACAUUUCCUUCUGGUUGCCACCUGAGAAUUACACAGAAAAUGAUUUCUAUGACUUAGUCCGAACAAUUGGAGGAGACCUGGUGGAAAAAGUUGAUCUUAUAGACAAGUUUGAACAUCCAAAGACACACAAGACCAGCCAUUGCUACCGCAUCACCUACCGCCACAUGGAGCGGACCCUGUCCCAGAGGGAGGUAAGGCGCAUCCACCAGGCUGUGCAGGAGGCUGCUGUGCAGCUGCUGGCUGUCGAGGGCAGGUUUUGAUGGCAAGCGGCACCCAGGCCACGGCCCUCCCUUCUCUUGGAUUUGUUGAAGAAGAAAAAGAAGAAGAAGAAGAAGAAGAAGAAGGAUAUUGUUGGUGGACUGGGGCAUUGCUCACCUUUUGAUAAAAGGGUCAGUUUUGAGACUUUGAGAAAAUAAAG